AUGGCCUCGACGCCGUCCACGUCGACGUCGACGUCUCCGUCAUCGCUGUCGACAUCCGACGAGCGGCCGCUCUCGCCCGGGUCCGAGGGCCGACUGCGCAGCGCGACCGCCGCCGACGCGCGGCCUGUCAGCUCCCUCCUCCGGCGCCCGCCGCCGCCACGCCCCGCGCGCCGCGAGUCCAACGCCGAUGUCCCGCCGAUCAACCUGCUCAACCGACCCGUGUCGCUCACCAGCGCGCCGAUGCCGGCCAUUCCCACCCUCAACACGGCCGCGGGCGCGGGUUCGUCGACUACCUACCCGUCGUGGCAGUCGACGUCGCCGCGCGGCGAGCGCGGCCAGGUGUCGCCGCGGGCCACGAUGCCGCCAGGCGCCAUCUCCGCCGGUGGCGGCGGCUCGGCGUUGGGUCCGUCGUCGGCCUCCGCGGCGGAGUUGGCCCCAUUGCAGGCGACGCCGGCGGUGCGCGCGGCGACCGUGAGCGCCAGCGGACCCACAUCGCCGCGGGCCACCAUUGCGCUGCUCGAUCGCAAGCGGGCGCCGCGCCACACCGUGGCCACGGCGGACGACCUCGUCAUCUCCAGCCCGGCCCCGGCCUCCGGCAGCCAAAUCUCCGGCCCCGGCCUCGCCGGGAGCAGGAUUGGAGAUACUCCGUUCAGUCCGGGCCAGCAGAAGAAGGAGGACCCACUCAUGAUGCGGAGACGAGCGGCCGAGGAGAUCCUCACCACCGAAGUGGCCUACGUCGAGCAGCUCUCCAUGCUCAUCAACGCCUACAAGAAACCGAUUGACGCGGCGAAGGUGAUCGACCGGAUGUCGCUCAAGGGCAUCUUUGUGAACGUCGAGGUGCUCGAAUCGCUCCACCGCACCUUCCUGUCCGACCUGCAGCAGCAGAUGGAGCAGUGGUCGCCCGAGAACGAAUCGCCCGGCCUCUCUUCCGUCAUCCUCAGCUUGGUGCCCUAUCUGAAGCUGUACAUAGAGUACAUCACCGAUUUCGACCGUUCGCUCAAGCUCGUGGAGUCGCUGCACAACGAGAACGAGCCCUACCACCAGCUCAUCCAGACGCUCGGCGCGGGCGGCUUCGUGGGCCGGCUCGGCCUCGAUUCGCUGCGCGUGGUGCCCAUCCAGCGCAUCCCGCGCUACGUGCUCCUGCUCAAGGCCCUGAUCAAGUACACGCCCGAGGACCACCCCGACUACAAGAACCUCGAGGAGGCCCUCCACAAGAUGUCCGAGCUCGCCACCUUCAUCAACACCAAGAAGAGCGAGGCCGAGUCGCGCAACCGGCUGAUCGAACUCUCGGCGAACCUGGUGGGCAAACGGUUGGAGGGCUUGGAGGAUGUCGAAGAGGAGGCGGUCGGGGGCAAGGAGCCCAAGGAGCACAAGUGGCGGAAGAAGUACAACAAGUACAAGCAAUGCGACGUCUGCCGCGAGAUGGGCUACUGCACCAAAUGUAAAGUAAAGGAGUGUAAAUUCUAUCUGGGUAUCGGAGGAGUCCACGCCGACUGCCAACAGAACGUUCCCCACAACUGCGGCCAGCGGCGAACAGAGAAAACGUUCAUUAAGCACAGCCGACAUUUGAUCAAAGAAGAAAAGGAGCUGCAACACAAGAUGACGUCACUCAAACACCCCGACUCCAAGGCACCGCUGCACAAGGACCCCAUCGUGCUGCUGCUCAACGAUGGUCUCGCCGUGCUGUACCCCACCGAAAUCGCCAAAUACGAGUUCCUGGCCCUCAUCAAGUGGGUCGGUCCCUCCGGCAAGCCCAUCCUCAACGAAAACGUGACGGAGACGGCGUUCUCGCUCACGGACCCGCGCUACAACGAGCUCCACACGUUCGUGGCGGCCACCAAGGAGUACAAGGAGCAGUUCCUCAACGAAAUGAAGCAACAGAUGUCCAACUGGCACGUCGCCCAGUCCAGGGAAAGGGAAAAGGGAGGCGGAGCGACGUCGAUGGAUCAGUUCCGUGGGGUGACCUUUCAAAUUUUGUUCACCGUGCCCGUCGCCUCCACCAAGGAGAAGGAAUUCACCGCGUACGUGGUGGACAUGAAGACGCAGAAGGGCACGAUCACCAUCAUGAAGCGCUACCGCCAGUUCCUCGAUCUCCACCACCGGUUGCAAAACCACUACAAGGCGUCGGUGAUACCCAAGUUCCCCAAGAAGCGCUACCUCGGCAACAACACCUCACACAAGUUCAUCCAGAAGCGCUGUCAGAAGAUCGGCCAGUACCUCAACGAGAUGAUGCAGCUGCCGGGCAUUCUCGACAUCGAAGAGAGGCACACCGAUGGGAAUGACGACGAGGACGAAGUCGAAGAGAACGCAGAAGAGACAGCCAGCGAGUAA